AUGGCGCGUCUGGACCUGGACGAGCUGCUGAAGGUGGCACCAGAAACUGUGGACCCUGAUGACGAGUAUAAUGCGCCGACGAGCUCCGAUGGAGAGAGUGCGAGUGACAACGAGGCGCACGAAACGGAGAGCCGUCGUCACUACGUCGAUGUCGGGCCUAGCGAGAUGCGUCGCCGCGCCCGCCUAACCGAAUCAGAUAAACUAGAGCAUCCCAAGUACAAGGGCACGCGCGUCUCUCGACACGACAUGUUUGGAGAUGGAUCACAAUCAGAUGAAGACAGCAUGGCCGAUGACACUGAGGACGGCGAGGACUAUCAAGAUGCACAGGAGGAGGAAGGAGAAGACGACGAUGAUGAGGUAGAUGGCGAGGAGGAGGAUGGCGAAGAUCCCGACGAUGAAGAGGAAGAAGAUGAGGAGUUCGAUGAGGACGAAGAGGAGAAAGAACAGGUCCAAGCGCGCCCGUCCAAGCGCUCUUCUAUGGAGAAGAACCGUGAGCCCCAUGUUUCCGGGGAGGAAGUUAUUCCCAGUACAGCAGCUACGCUGGCCUCGCAAGAGCAGGAAUCCCGCACACUCAUGCAGCAGCUCCAGGAACGGCGCUCUCAGGACGCCAAGAAAGGUCGACACGUACAGAAGCAGAUACGCAAUUGGGAAAAGACCUUGCGACUGCGCAUUGCUCUGCAAAAGGUGAUUUCAGGCCUUGCUAGGUUGCCGCCGCCCGAUAUGAUGGCCGAGUACGUCGCCGCGGCGCCUGGCACAGAAGAGGAUUUGGAUGCUAGUGCGGCUGAGCUAGAAGACAUGGCACAAACUCUUCUGACAGUGCGCCUUCAUCUCUGGAAACAGAACCUUCCGGCUGUUGCUACCGAGCUGGACAGCGUGAAUACCGAAGCAAGUAGCGCCAAGGCGCUGUCCGACCUGGAAGCCUGCGUUGAGCCACAGCGGCGGAUGUUACUUUCUCGCUGGUCGUCCAAGAUCGCUGCUGCGCCUGACUCUCGUUCCACUAGUGCAUCUGCGCGUCUGCAGCUGCGUGCGAUGAACCAGAGCGUUGUCGAGCAGAUGGACCAGGCGCUCGCAGGCGACGGUAUGGACCGCCUCGUUGACCGCACGCGUGUGUGGCGAGGCGACGAUACGGCGCGUCUGGGAGUCACACAACCAGCAGACGAAACUGCAUCGCGACCUACCGAUGUGAAUGUGUUUGAUGACAGCGACUUUUAUGCACAAUUGCUGAGAGACCUGAUCGACAACGCCAGCAUUGUCGAAGCCGGCAUAUCUGCCACCGCUUCAGACGUGCUUCAGUCACGAAAACGCAAGCGGAACGUUGAUGUUCGUGCGUCCAAGGGCCGUCGUAUUCGCUACGACGUUAUCGAAAAAGUCCAGAACUUUAUGCCGCCGAUCCCCCGCGUCACGUGGGACGAUGCGCAGGCUGAGCGACUGUUCGCGCGCUUGGCAUCGGUGGUGCCACAGGGCAAGGCGGCCGAGACUCCUGUCGACGAGGACGUGCAGAUCGACGAGGAAUUCCGCCUCCUAGGCUGA